AAGUGUAUGAAGCACGCACAGCAAAUUCUACGACGUUGUUGCACCUCAUGUGACGCUAGACAAGCCCAUUUCCUCUUAGUCGACCGCUCAUGUCAUUCUGCCUUUAGCAUCAGGCGCCCUCAGCUUCGUACCACAGUAAAUUUAUCAACCACCACCGCAAACAGAAUAGCACGAAAGCAAUAGCGCUCUCCUACCAUCCAUAGCUUAUCUCCUCUCGGACCCCAUCUCGUCACUAUGAAACGCCACGCGCAUUCCUCCCUUCUCGCCGUCGCGUUAAUCGUCAUCCCUCUCGUCUUCUCUCUAGCGCGUACAGCCGCGGCGCAGCAGUAUCCGCUCUGCCCGUUGACGAAGCAGCCGCCAUCGCUCCCAACAGUACCGUACCGCCGCUGCUUGGACGCCGCUGCCGCUUCCUGCUGCACGGAUUGCGCGGAAAUCGAAAACGCGCUCGCGGGAGUGUCGGCGAAUGUAACCAUUAUCAUGCCGCAGCUGCUGACGCCGCUCGGGCCGAUGAACGAAGUCGACUACUCUGGAGUCAAGGCGUGUGACUUUCUCUACGGCUUUGAAGAUUGCCAGUUUCAUCUCGAGCAGCUCCUCUGCGCGCUCACCUGUAACCCGGAUUCGGGCAACUACGUGUUCUCGAAGGUCGGGAGACCCACGCUCCGUGUGUGCCCCACAUACGCGCAAGAAGUGUUUCAAUACUGCAAAGACGUCUCGCUCGGCACUGUUUUAGUGGGAGCGGGAUUCCCCACCAAGGAGCUGCUGCUGGGCCGCCUAUUCACUCCGCUCGUGCGCAAGCUGGGCGUUGGAAACGUCAACUUCAUCGUCUCUGAGGCAAACUGCUACAGUGGCCCCGCCGCGCUCCCCGAGCAACCUGCAUGCUGCGACCCGUUAUACGUCCCUAAGGACUGCCCUUACGGCUCUGUCGACACAAAGACAUACGGCUCCUUUAUAGGCCGCCCGUUGGAAGGCAAGGCAACCGACGCUUGCCAGUGGUUCCCUCUUCCUGAGGAUCCUAAUCUCCCCCCGGUGCCUGAGAAUCCUCCGCUUCCUUAUAUCACCGGUGCCGCACACGAGCCUCCGGCUCCGGAUGUUGGCACACCCUGGGCUUCUGAGCCUGUGCCUAAAAGCAACCCAAGUGUUAUGACUUACAAGGGGGCGGCACGUACAGGAGUUGCUGGUGUGGCAGCAUUUGUGAUGACUCUGGUUGCUGCUGCUGUUGGUGCCCUUUUGUAGGCUGAUUGGGAUAGUAUCUUGAGAGCCUUCGAUAUACUGUACUGAAAAGGUAGAGGCCUUCUUCUAGUGCAUAGCGUAUAUAAAAUGGAAGUUGUAUUUAUGUACCAUCAUUUACCUUGGACGAUAC